AUGUCGAAUUUACCAGAACAUAUUUGGGAUGAGUUAGCAAUGGAUUUUUUCGGACCAUUACCGUCAGGAGAGUAUUUAUUUGUAAUAGAAGAUUUAUAUUCAAGAUACCCAUUUGUUGAUAUAAUGAAAAUCACAACAGCUUUAAACGUCAUAAGUAAACUAGAAAGAUUAUUUGCUAUAUAUGGUUAUCCUAAUAAAAUUAGAAGUGAUAACGGACCACCGUUUCAAAGUGAAGAAUUAAAACUAUACUUUAAAAAUGUUGAUAUAAAGCACAUUAAAUUAACGCCUCGAUAUCCGCAAGCGAAAGGAAUCAUCGAAAAAAUUUAUGCAAAACUAAUACAGAUGCUUGCAAAAUUUGAUCCUGUAAUGCAAAAACCUUUAGCACUUGCAAUAAAAGGUGGCACUUCAGAUCAUUACUGCGGAGGUCAAAGGUAUGAUUAUGAAUCAAAUAUGAAAGAAAAGAUUAAUGGGGUACAAAAAAGGAUUUUAAAUCUUAAUUAUAUAGCAUUAUAUGUUCCCUGCGGUAGCCGUAGUUUAAAUUUGAAACUUUGUGACGCGCGGUGGGAAGCAAAAAUAAGUAAUGUCAAAGCCGUUCGUUAUCAAGUUGGUAAUAUACAUGAUGCCUUAAUAGCAUUGCCAGAAAUUGAAGGAUGUGAUCCUGUAACUGCACAUGAAGCGAUAACUCUAGCAGAGCAAUUAAAAAAUUUUAACUUUCUUUUGUCUUUAAUUGUCCUGUAUGACGUUCUUUUUCAAGUCAAUAUUGUUAGUAAAACUCUUCAAGAGAAAGACAUGGACAUCACUCAAUGUGCAAAAUUAUUGAGAAGCUAUUGUUCAUUUUUAAAAAUAUACAGAAAAUGUGGUUUUAAAGAUGCAAUUAUUAAAGUAAAGGAUUUGGCCUUAGAAUUACAAGUGGAGCCUGUUUUUAAACCACUUAAAUAA